CCCCCUCAGAUUAAAGAGGCCGGCGGGGCUCAGCCCCCGGAAACGGCCGUGCACUCCGGGGCUGCGAUCGCGGAGGGCGGCGGCGACGAGGCGCAGAGAGCAUCAUGGCAGAGCAGGUGGCCCUGAGCCGGACCCAGGUGUGCGGGAUCUUGCGGGAAGAGCUGUACCAGGGUGAUGCCUUCCACCAGUCAGAUACACACAUAUUCAUCAUCAUGGGCGCAUCGGGCGACCUGGCCAAGAAGAAGAUCUACCCCACCAUCUGGUGGCUGUUCCGGGAUGGCCUUCUGCCUGAAAACACCUUCGUCGUGGGCUACGCCCGCUCCCGUCUCACGGUGGCCGACAUCCGCAAGCAGACGGAGCCCUUCUUCAGAGCCACCCCAGAGGAGAAGCCCAAGCUGGAGGAGUUCUUUGCUCGCAACUCCUACGUGGCUGGCCAGUACGACGAUGCAGACUCCUACAAGCGCCUGAACAGCCACAUGAACGCCCUGCACCAGGGGCUGCCGGCCAACCGCCUCUUCUACCUGGCCUUGCCCCCCACGGUCUACGAGGCCGUCACCAAGAACAUCCACGAGACCUGCAUGAGCCAGACCAGAGGCUGGAACCGCAUCAUCGUGGAGAAGCCCUUCGGGAGGGACCUGCAGAGUUCAGACCGGCUGUCCAAUCACAUCUCCUCCCUGUUCCGCGAGGACCAGAUCUACCGCAUCGACCACUACCUGGGCAAGGAGAUGGUCCAGAACCUCAUGGUGCUGAGAUUCGCCAACAGGAUCUUCGGCCCUAUCUGGAACCGGGACAACAUCGCCUGUGUCAUCCUCACCUUCAAGGAGCCCUUCGGCACCGAGGGCCGCGGGGGCUACUUCGACGAGUUCGGGAUCAUCCGGGACGUGAUGCAGAACCACCUCCUGCAGAUGCUGUGCCUGGUGGCCAUGGAGAAGCCCGCCUCCACCGACUCGGAUGAUGUCCGUGAUGAGAAGGUCAAGGUGCUGAAAUGCAUCUCAGAGGCACAAGCCGCCAACGUGGUCCUGGGCCAGUACGUGGGGAACCCCAGCGGAGAGGGCGAGGCCACCAGAGGGUACCUGGAUGACCCCACAGUGCCCCGUGGGUCCACCACUGCUACCUUUGCAGCUGUGGUUCUCUACGUGGAGAACGAGAGGUGGGACGGGGUGCCCUUCAUCCUGCGCUGUGGCAAAGCCCUGAACGAGCGCAAGGCCGAGGUGCGGCUGCAGUUCCGCGACGUGGCAGGCGACAUCUUCCACCAGCAGUGCAAGCGCAACGAGCUGGUGAUCCGCGUGCAGCCCAACGAGGCCGUGUACACCAAGAUGAUGACCAAGAAGCCAGGCAUGUUCUUCAACCCCGAGGAGUCAGAGCUGGACCUGACCUAUGGCAACAGAUACAAGAACGUGAAGCUGCCUGACGCCUACGAGCGCCUCAUCCUGGAUGUCUUCUGCGGGAGCCAGAUGCACUUCGUGCGCAGGUGAGCCUCCGCCCAGCCCACGGGCCCCUCCCUCUAGGUCACCCCCUAACUCGCGUGUCCCCCCAGCGACGAGCUCCGCGAGGCCUGGCGGAUCUUCACACCGCUGCUGCACAAGAUCGAGCGGGAGAAGCCCCGACCCAUCCCCUACGUCU